AGCAAAAAAAUCCUUCUGCGAAACUGUCGAGCUGAGUAUAUCUCGUGCGUGCGUGCUGAUGCCAUCAAAUACUUCAAUGAGUUUCGAUAGCAUUUUAGAGAGUUGGUGAUUUUUAAAUUUUACUUGUCGAUCCAAUUUCAUAAGAGGACGUCAUAAUAAAGCUGUCAAGAUGUCGGGCGGAAAGUGUAAGAACUGUGGUUCGACCAACAUUGAAACAGAUCCAGCUCGAGGAGAUGCAGUCUGUACGGAGUGUGGUUUUGUCUUGGAAGACAAUAUCAUUGUCAGUGAGACGACGUUCGAAGAAACUCCAUCUGGCAAUAUGAUGAUGAUUGGUUCUUUCGUCUCUAAUGAGAGUUCUGGCGGUGCAACGGGCUUUGGUGCAGGCUACCUGGUCAGUGGAAAAGAAUCGAGAGAGAUCACAUUACAAAACGCAAAAAAGGGCAUCACACAUUUGUGCAGACAAUUGCAAUUGAAUCAACACUGUAUCGACACCUCAGUGAAUUUUUAUAAAAUGGCAUUGAACCGGCAUUUAACUAGAGGAAGAAAACAGGCACACAAUCAUGCUGCAUGUGUGUAUAUUACUUGUCGUACAGAAGGCACUGCGCAUAUGCUGAUAGAUAUUAGUGACGUUUUGCAAAUUUGUGUGCAUGAAUUGGGAAGGACAUAUUUGAGGUUUACACAAGCAUUGUGCAUCAACAUUCCUUCUAUGGAUCCGUGUUUAUACAUAAUGCGCUUCGCAAACAAGCUUGAAUUUGGAGACAAAACUCACGAGGUAUCGAUGACCGCGCUGCGCGUUGUUCAAAGAAUGAAGAGGGAUAGCAUCCACAGCGGCCGAAGGCCAUCUGGCCUCUGCGGCGCAGCCCUACUGAUGGCUGCCCGACUGCACGAGUUCAACCGGUCCCCCAGCGAUAUCAUCAAGAUCGUCAAGGUUCACGAAUCGACUUUGAGGAAAAGACUGAUAGAAUUUGGUGAGACUCCCUCGAGCGCUUUGACUCUGGACGAAUUCAUGACAGUGGACCUGGAGGAGGAACAGGAUCCACCGGCGUUCAAAGCCGCUCGGAAGAAAGACAGAGAACGGCUGCAGAAGCUGGAUAACAUUGCCAACGAGUUCAGCGAGCUUCGGUCGGAAAUCGAUCGUCAGCUCGAGGAGCAGAAAUCUGCGAAAGGAAGAUUGAAAAAUUCUGCUGCUGUGGAAGAAUCCGAUGCGAACAGGUUCAUCAUAGAGGCGAAUAAGACCGUAAUCGAGAAGUGCGUUGACGGAAAGGACCCCGACGACCCCGACGACCCCGACGAGUUGCCAGCGGUGGAUAAUAGCGUGCGACGAAAUGAUAGCUCACUUGCCUCUGGAUUAGGACCCGAUAUAGCGUCCAUGGGCUUGACGACGUCUUUUCACGGUAAAGAGGACGCGAGCAAGGAAUCGUCGGCGCUGUCGUUUGAAAACCUGGAGGGUGAAAUCGAUAUUACAGAUUUGGAUGACGAAGAACUAGACAGUUACAUUAUGUCGGAAAAAGAGGCUCAAUUCAAAAGUAGUUUGUGGAACAAAGUUAACGAAAAAUACUUGCAAGACCAAAAAGAGAAAGAGGAGAAACGGCAAAAGGAAUUGGCGGAAGGUAAACCAGAGAAGAAAAAGAGAAGAACAGCCAAGAAGAAAAAUCAGAAUCCAGCCAAUAGUGCAGGAGAAGCAAUAGAAAAGAUGCUGCAGGAAAAGAGAAUAUCUACAAAAAUCAAUUACGAAGUAUUGAAGAGUUUGAGCGCCACUCCUGCAGCACCCAAAUCGCCACAAAAAAUACCCGAUGAUAUAUCCUUUGUUACGCCCAAAAAAGUAGAUAUUAAGGAAACCUCUCCAGUAAUAAGCCCUACCGUUAAAAAAGUACAACCUAAGGUAAUAGAAAUAAGUAGGAGAACACCAAACGUGAAGAUACCAGCUGCCAGAAAAAGAAAAAUUUCCGACACAGAACCUGCACCUCCAGUGGAAGCAGCAGAAGAACCUGUGCCUGUACCAUUAUAUGUGCCUCCAGCAGAAUAUGACGCGGGUAACGAUGUCGACGAAGCCGACGACUAUCUGGAUGAAGAAGCAGAGCCAGAGCCAGAUCCGGCUGAAAUGUCAGUUGGUCGAUUGCUAGGACGUCAGGACGACGUCGAUUAUGGAUAUGGUUACGACGAAGAAGAUUAUUAAAGUAUUUAUUAUCAAUAUUUCUUAAUAUUUUUUCUCGCUGCAAGCAGCAAAGAAUAUUUUAGACUUUGUCGAACAAACCGAAAAAAUUCAGUGAUGCAUUUAACACUGAAAACGUGAAGACUGAAACGGCAAAAAAUGCGAUUUUCUGUUUAAAACCAUUCACCUUCCAUAGUAUUUUAAACAUUGUUGGUCCAUCUAUUUAUUAAAAGAAAAUUGUGAUUUUAAUCAUUUUAUAUUUAAACUAGGUUUCAAGUAAGUUAGUUUUUUUAAGGCACAGUAACUGUUAUUUUCUUUCCUCUAAGAUUUUCUCAAAUGGUUUUUUAUUUAUUAUUUGUUUUACUCGUAUCGAUUUUUCGUUAAAUGCCUAGAAUAUUGUUGAGUUUCCGUGAACUAAAACUAGAUAGUCGUAUAUAGGUAUAUAAUUUAUACAAUUCUUAACAAUGUCAUGUUAAGCUUUUUACAAAGUGAUAAAAAAUAAAAAAAUGUUUAA